GGAAGGAAGGAGUCGAGCUGCUCGCCGACGAUCUGCAUCAUUCAGUAGUAGGCUGUCGACUCGGACGUGUCGAGCGAGCGGAGAAGCAUGCUGUCACACAUGGCAGCGACCACUUCGCUGGCUACUCGGACUCAUAUAACACGGAGUCGGAUAUGGGCCCCCAGCCUUGUGUCCUGGCCACCUUUCACGGCCGAUGUUCUGCAGCCCGGACAAGACUGUUGCGGCGAGUGUGCCGCUGCCGACGGCGGAUGUGCCGGCGGGGCGAUGGUCGGUCGGCGGACGGGCGGGGGGCUGGGUGGACGGGGGCGGCGGACCCCGAGGGAGCGGCGAGGGCCCAUUGUGCAGCGGCGAACGCUUUGAUGGCAAUUUGUUGAGCCCCUUCGUCGAUCGAUCUCAUCUUCCGCCGCAGCGCCCCCAUCCGCUUCGCAGCCUCUGCCCGCCGUCCGCCCCGCCCGCGCCCCGCCGCGACUGGCCACACGGCGCCCCCGACGCGUCCAUGCCGCCGCUGCGCGUCGACGAGGUGAGUCUGCUGCUCUUUGAUGGCGGAGGGCGGGCCUGCCUUAUAUGGCUGACGUCACGGCGUGAAAUGUUCAGGCACGAGUGGUGGCCGGCGCUCGUCGGUGCAGGAGAUGCUCCUGAAGAACGAGAGCCGGGGGCCAACCGGCUCUCUUCUGCCUCGCUCAGGGGCAUCCCCGAGCCCGACCUGCCUCUGUCUCCUUCGUCCACCAUCCUCCUUCCUACCUUACCGCUAACUGUAAUCUUGCUCCCCAGACUUUCCCCUCCGAGCCCCCUCUUGCAAGCUGUUCAGGCCUCCUGCCGACUUCUCUAGAUUACGCGCCUUACCUUCCGUCUGACGUCCUUCUUGACGCCACACUCUUUUUUGAGGAUAACUUCGCCAGCAUCGUCGCUCCUUCCCCGCGACAACCGC